CCCAUAUAUGAAAAACCUACAGCACUUUAAGCUUCUCAAAUAUGCGUGAAAUGAAAUAGGUGAAAGCCGCCUGGAGAGCAGACAGCAGGGAUGGUGUCGGGAUCAGGAAUCCGCGUCAAUCGAGUGGUGGUGGAUGCGAGGCACCACAUGUUGGGGCGGCUGGCUUCCAUCCUGGCCAAGGAGUUGUUGAACGGUGUGAGAGUUGUGGUGACGAGAAGUGAGGAGAUCUGCCUCUCCGGCGGCCUUGUCCGUCAGAAAAUGAAGUACCACCGCUUUCUACGCAAGCGCAUGAACACUAAACCUUCUCACGGUCCAAUCCAUUUCCGUGCUCCUUCAAAGAUCCUAUGGCGUACCAUCCGAGGGAUGAUUCCGCAUAAGACUAAGCGCGGUGCUGCUGCUCUUGGUCGACUGAAGGUUUUUGAAGGGGUGCCUACACCGUAUGAUAAAGUGAAGAGGAUGGUUAUUCCUGAUGCUCUCAGGGUUUUGAGGCUCCAAGCUGGUCACAAGUACUGCUUAUUGGGAAAACUUUCAUCUGAGGUUGGAUGGAAUCACUAUGACACUAUCAAGGCCCUGGAGAAUAAGAGGAAGGAGAGAGCCCAGGCAACAUAUGAGAGGAAAAAGCAAUUGACAAAAUUGAGGCUUAAAGCUGAGAAGGCUGCAGAAGAGAAACUUGGUUCUCAGCUUGAUAUUCUCUCCUCUGUCAAGUACUGAACCUACACAAAAGGCAGAUGAUUAGAAUUGAUUUUUCACGUCUCAAGGGCUCCAGAGAAUGCUUGUAUCAUCAGACUUUUAGGUUUAUAUUGCUAGCUGGAGAGUUCUGUUUUUUAUUUACUGCUAUUUAGGAACAUUUUGUUAGAUCUGUUGGACAUCUUGAGCUAUUGCGGUGUUUACUCGUUUUUUAUAUUUAUAACCUACUGAUUACUUUCAUGGCAGAUGUACAAAAUAUCAUCUGUGCUAUUUUUUUAUGGGUAAGGUUUUGUCCAAUUUUAGUAAAAUUCCCAAAAUCAUACAAACAAGAUAAGAGUGGUCAAAAACUCAAUGGCAGGAAUUAAUAG